AUGAAGAUGAUAAUUAUUUUAAUUAGUGUUUAUUUAUGUUAUGGAUAUGAAUUAAAUAUGUAUUUAUUACCACACGUAUUACCAGAAUGGAAAACUGAACAAACAAAAAUAUGGAAAAAUUGGAAAUAUAUUUUAGAUUUUUAUGAAAUAUUUAUGAAAGAAGUAACAAUGGUUUAUCAUAUUCCUGACUUUUAUUUAAAUCAAAAAGUUGUUACAGACACAAUUUCAACUACAUUUUAUGAUUUAAUGUCUCCAUAUAAUAUGACAUUCUUAACACCAACAUCAAAUAUUGAAGAUAUUAAAACAUUAUUAUUACCUUAUUUAAAUCAUGACACAACAGCACCAAAAAGAGGAAUAGGAUUAUUGUUUCAAAAAACUUCUUCAGGAAAAUGUUUAGGAACAGCAACUAAAGAAGAUAUUCAAAAAUUAAAAAGUAUUGACGAUGAGUUUAAAACAUAUGAAAAUUAUUUAGGAAUGGAUAUUAUGGACUCAUCUGUUUUACAACAAUACGAUAUUUCUAAUGAUUUAAGCUCUGAAUUUCCUGAUAUUAGAACAAUUCAUUUUAAUUAUUUUAAUACUUUUGAAUCUACUUCUACUGAUGAUGCUAUUGCAUUAGCUAAAAAAUUUCAUUCGUCAAUAUCAAUUGAUAUUUCAGAUAUUGAAACACAAUUCUUUGUUUCUUGUCCUGCUUUUAAAAAAAUUUUAGAGACUAUAACCCAAAAUGGUAUUAAGUAUAAAUUCAUGGUCAAUAGAUCAAUAUGGGUACAAAACAUUGGUGCAUUUUUAUCAUUCUUUAACACUGCUCAGAAAUGUCUUGAUAAUUUAAAUUAA